GAAACAUUCUCAACCAGGAACAGCCAUCUGCAAAACUGCUCCGCUUCCCUAUGGCCCGGCUGAACCCAGUCUGCUUUCUGAGUGGAGAACAGCGAUGACAGAGGACAGCAACUAGACUCUGCACCCUUAAAUAGGCGAUAAAUUCUAUUGCCCUGUACCACCACAAAGCCAGCCUCCCUCAGGGUCUGUCAGCUGGAAGUACCCUGAAGGGCGAAGAUGGCAGCUGCUGACCCCGGGGCUCACACAGAGAAUGUGGCACUGGUGGAGCUGAGAAAGGAGGCUCUGGAGCCUCCAGUGCAGAAGGUGACCUGCAGCAGUGUCCAAGACAAGAAGCCAGGAGACCCUGAUGCUACUCUGCCUUGGGACCAGUCCGGGCACUCUUCCAUGAGUGAGGUGGGCACGGAGCCCACCACCCCAUCCCGCAAGGCAUCUGAGACAGAGAAGAGGCCAAGCCCCGAGGGGAGCCACAUGGGUCCCGAGCCGGGGCCUACUGGAGAGGAGGAGGUUUUCCUCGGCUCUUCCCUUCUGCAGGAGGAGGAGGAAGGCAACAGGAUGCCUGAGGUGGCUGCGCAUGUUUUCAUCCCCAUCAAUCCCCACUGUAUCGAGAAGGCCCCCGGGUGCCGAGGCUCGGCAGGGGGCAGCGACUGGAAGAAGAAGCAGCAGCAGCUGGAGGAGGAGGCCAUCGUGUGCUGUGAGAAGGAGAACGGCAACCCCGAGAAGCUGGCCUUCCUGACCCACGGCCCCCUGAGCUACCCCACACACUACGACGAGCCAGCUGGCUAUGACGACGGCCAAACCAAACCACUUUCCAAGAAGCUACAGUGCCUCCAAUGCCAGGACUGCAGCUCUGCCAACCUCAAGGCUGUGGCCUCCAUGAUUGGGGCCAUGAUCAUCUUCCCCUGCUUCGUGUACGGGGCCUACGUCUUCCUGCCCUUCGACGCCCCCCUGAUGCCAACUAUGAGUGCCCGGCUGGUCUACACCCUUCGCUGUGGAGUGUUCGGCACCUUUCCCAUCAUCCUAGGUCUGAUCGUGUACGGGGUCUCCCGCCUCUGUUUCUCCUCAGUGCAGCCCUUUGGGGAGCUGCGCAGGGAGGUGGAGAUCCACCGGAGCUACGUUUCCCAGUCCGUCUACCUCUUCAUCCUCUACUUCUUCAACAUUGCUGUGCUGGCCACCUACCUCCCUCAGGAAGCCCUGAAACUCAUCCCAUUGCUCACGGGGCUGUUCGCCAUCUCACGGAUGCUGUACUGGCUGGCUUACGCCAUGGGUCGCUCUUUCCGCAGCUUCGGCUUCGGCCUGACCUUCCUGCCCCUGCUGACCAUGGUCCUGUGGAACCUCUACAGCAUGUUCAUCCUGGAGCCCGAGAACAUGUUCGCCACUGCCGCCAACAGCAAGCAGGACACGCCGUCGGAGAAGCAGAGCCGGGCCGCCCCACCCAAGCCGAGAUACUGGGGGUAAAGGACAGGACAAGGGGCUCGGAUGCUUGGCAGCAAGGAGAUGGAUUUGAUGGCGAUGAACAGAGCCCGGAUGGGGGGCUCGUCCGGGGCACCCAUAUUUCAGCGCGAGUGCCCCGAUGCCCAAUGGGCUGGUUUGCAGAAGCGCUGAGCAACCCCCAACUCCAGCUCCACCUGGCGCAGGCUCUGAAUCCCAAGCCUUAAGUGCUGAAGUUAGUGGCCAAACACAGACCUGUCCAUGCGUGAAAACAUGGGCCCAACAGCGCCUCCUACUGGAAUCAAUCAAGCAAUUGAAUUCCCCCAGCUAACCUGAUCAGCUGGCUUCAAAGGGUUAAUUCAGUCCUCCCUUUAACUUGAUCCAGACCUCAACUAGGUAUUUAUAAUUCCAAUCAUCCUUUCUUCUGACCAUUCUAAGGCAGGUGCUCUUGGAUAAUUAGAUCAUGGCGCAACAGUCCCCACUAAGGAGCCUGCAAAUUUCAAGGAGAAGAAAGAUGCUUGCUCAUAAAAAAGGACUUCUCUGAUAAGCCUCACUAACUGCACUGAUAAAGGCAGUGAGAUCAGGCUCUUAGCUCAGUCGGAGCCAGGCUAACAGACUAGGGGGAUGUCUAUACGUGCUGUGCAGGUGAAGACGUUCUAUGCGGGUGGGAGAGAGCUCUCAGUCAGCAUAAAAACCCCACCUCUGUGAGUGGCAGAAUCUAUGUCAGCGGGAGAAGCUCUCCCGUGGACAUGGUGCUGUCUGCAUGGACAGGGGGCAGUUAGGUCAGUAUAAUUGUUGCUCAGGGAGUGUGGAUUUUUCACACCCUGAGCGAGGUAGUUAUCCCAA